GUCAAGGUGCGGGGCGGACGCCGACGGACGAGCCAAGGAGACCGGAAGCAGCCCAGGGCGGGAAUCGGCGCUCGCUUUUAUUGUGAAAAACAAACGUUUCGCACAUGGAGGUGCGCGCGUCCCUCCUCCUGCUGGCGCUGCACUGCGGCGCGGUGGCGCUGUGUGGCUGCGAGCCGCGCGUCCUCAACGUGGGCGCCGUGUUGAGCCAGAAGCGUUACGAGCAGGUCUUCCGGGACGCCGUGGCCCACGCCAACGCCGUCUACGGCCGCGACCGCUUCAAGAUGAACGCCAUCGCCGUCACGCACAAGCCCAACGCCAUCCAGAUGGCGCUGUCCGUCUGCGAGGACCUCAUCUCCAACCAGGUGUACGCCAUCUUGGUGAGCCACCCGCCUCAGUCCAACGACCACCUGACGCCGACGCCCGUGUCCUACACGGCCGGAUUCUACCGCAUCCCCGUCGUGGGCCUGACCACGCGCAUGUCCAUCUACUCCGACAAGAGCAUUCACCUGUCGUUCCUGCGCACGGUUCCGCCGUACUCGCACCAGGCGAGCGUUUGGUUCGACCUGAUGCGAGAGUUCCGUUGGAACCACAUCAUCCUCAUCGUCAGCGACGACCACGAAGGCCGAGCCGCGCAGAAAAGACUGGAAACGCUGCUGGAGGAGAAGGAGACCAAGACUAAAAUCAGGAACUAUGAAAACGUGGACCAACACGGCUUUGACUUCCGGAGAACGCCUAAGGCCGAGAAGGUUCUGCUGUUCGGUCCCGACACCAACCUGACCGCUUUGCUCCUGGACGCCAAAGACCUGGAGGCCCGCGUCAUCAUCCUGUCCGCCAGCGAAGACGAGGCGACGGGCGUCUACAAAGCGGCCCGUCAUCUCAACAUGACCGGUUCCGGUUACGUCUGGAUCGUCGGCGAGAGGGAAAUGACCGGGAAAGCUUUGAGUGAAGCGCCAGACGGCCUGCUGGGUCUCCAACUGAUUAACGGUAAGAACGAGUCGGCGCACAUCAUGGACGCCGUGGGAGUGGUGGCGCAGUCCCUGCAGGAGCUUCUGGACAAGGAGAACAUCACGGAACCGCCGCGCGGGUGCGUGGGCAACACCAACAUCUGGAGGACGGGACCCCUCUUCAAAAGGGUGCUGAUGUCAUCAAAGUACGCCGAGGGCCUGACGGGCCGCGUCGAGUUCAACGACGACGGCGACCGCCGCUUCGCCACUUACAACAUCCUCAACUACCAGCAGAAGCCCGGAAGACUCGUACAGGUCGGGAUCUUCAACGGAUCGCAGGUGCUGAUGAACCCCCAGCGGAAGAUCAUCUGGCCCGGCGGGGAGACGGAGAAGCCCGUCGGCUAUCAGAUGUCCACCAAACUGAAGAUCGUGACCAUCCACCAGGAGCCGUUCGUCUACGUGAAGCCCACCAAGACGGACGGAACGUGUAAGGAGGAGUACACCGUCAACGGAGUCCUCAUCAAAAAGGUCAUGUGCACCGGACCCAACGGAACCAUCCCGGGUCAGCCGACGGUUCCGCAAUGCUGUUACGGCUUCUGCAUCGAUCUUCUGAUCAAGUUGGCCAUGAGCAUGAACUUCACGUACGAGGUCCACCUGGUGGCCGACGGCAAGUUUGGAACGCAAGAGAGAGUGAACAACAGCAACAAGAAGGAGUGGAACGGCAUGAUGGGCGAGCUCCUGGGCGGUCUGGCCGACAUGAUCGUGGCGCCCCUCACCAUCAACAACGAGCGCGCUCAGUACAUCGAGUUCUCCAAGCCGUUCAAGUACCAGGGCCUCACCAUCCUGGUCAAGAAGGAAAUCCCUCGCAGCACGCUGGACUCCUUCAUGCAACCUUUCCAGAGCACUUUGUGGCUCCUCGUCGGCCUGUCGGUGCACGUGGUGGCAGUGAUGCUCUACCUAUUGGACCGAUUCAGCCCCUUCGGAAGGUUUAAAGUCAACAGCGAAGAAGAAGAAGAAGACGCCCUCACCCUGUCCUCGGCCAUGUGGUUCUCCUGGGGAGUUCUGCUCAAUUCCGGGAUCGGAGAAGGAGCCCCGAGGAGUUUUUCGGCGAGGAUUCUGGGAAUGGUGUGGGCGGGCUUCGCCAUGAUCAUCGUGGCGUCGUACACGGCCAACCUGGCCGCCUUCCUGGUGCUGGACCGGCCUGAGGAGCGCAUCACUGGCAUCAACGACCCCAGGCUGCGUAACCCGUCGGACAAGUUCAUCUACGCGACGGUGAAGCAGAGUUCGGUGGACAUCUACUUCCGCCGUCAAGUGGAGCUCAGCACGAUGUAUCGGCACAUGGAGAAGCACAACUACGAGAGCGCCGCCGAGGCCAUUCAGGCCGUCAGAGACAACAAACUGCACGCCUUCAUCUGGGACAGCGCCGUGCUGGAGUUCGAGGCGUCGCAGAAAUGCGACCUGGUGACCACCGGGGAACUUUUCUUCCGCUCGGGAUUCGGCAUCGGCAUGCGGAAGGACAGCCCCUGGAAGCAGAACGUGUCGCUCGCCAUCCUCAGUUCUCACGAGAACGGCUUCAUGGAGGACCUGGACAAGACUUGGGUUCGCUACCAGGAGUGCGACUCCAGGAGCAACGCGCCCGCGACGCUGACCUUCGAAAACAUGGCAGGCGUGUUCAUGCUGGUGGCGGGCGGCAUCGUGGCGGGCAUCUUCCUCAUCUUCAUUGAGAUUGCCUACAAGCGCCACAAGGACGCCCGCAGGAAGCAGAUGCAGCUGGCGUUCGCCGCCGUCAACGUCUGGAGGAAGAACCUGCAGCCGUACCCGACCGACAUCACCGGACAGAUCAACCUAUCGGAUCCCUCCGUCAGCACCGUGGUCUGAGCGCUGGGCCCGGCCGGCCUCGCGCGAAACACCCACAUGCGUGCGCGACGCGCGGAGGAAAAGUUGAUUGGAUUUUCCCGAGUCUUUCCUGAUCAUUUCUCAGGUGGGCGGAGCCAGUGGAACAGGAAGUGGGAUCAGUUGACUCGCGUAAAAAAACGAUCAUGAGAACCCGAAUGAUAAAAACCGUCUUAACAAUAAGGAGAAGCUCAUUUAUUUGUAUCGCGCAUUUCAUACACAAGGUAACUCAAUGCGCUUUACGUGAUUAAAAGCAUUUAAAUCCGUCACGUUUAAAAAAGUACAAUUCAAAACAGCUUUUUUUUUAGGUUACAGUCGGAAGGCCGUGAAACAGGAAGUGACCUCAGGAGGACUUUAGUUCAAAUUUUCUUUUGCGCAAUGCAGCAAAGUGUCAAGACCGCCGGUUAGCGUCACUAAAUCAAAUUGAGAAACGAAUGUCCCGCCCGCAAAGCUGCACCGGUUACGCCCCCACGCCGGGGUCAAUGAUGUCACUCUGUCUACCUCCACGCAGCCGAGUCCGCGCCGCACGCCGCCUGACGAGUCAAACGCGCGACGACAGCCGUUGCUUUUUGCAGCUUCACGUUUGUUGUUAGCACCGAGGAAGUUAGCCGCAUGUAGCAUUUUCAGUUAGCAGCUCACGUGCACAUUGAGCACGUUUGACGUGAUCGAGACGCGCGACAUCUCGUACAAACUCACCACUUGCUAAGGAUAGCGCGACAUUUGUUAGCCGACUCCAUUUUUGUAUAUGCGGCUAUUGCUAAUAGAUGCUAAGGAAAAAAAAAAUGUUGUGGUUCCGAUUUCCUACAUUUCAGGCCUGGGGGUCGGUAGGCAGGUUUUUUUUUUUUUGUUUUCCUUUAUUUGUCCAAAAUAUUUUUACUCCCUCUCCACACACGGUGCCGCCAUUUUCUUGUCGGUUCUCGUUAAUUCAGGCUUUCGCGCGUCUAAAUUCCUGAAUGCUUGGUCCAAAAAACACGAAAACAGUGUCCAAAAUCAGACAUGGCACGUGAUGAAAAUGUAACUCGUCUCGAUAAGGCGGACGUUAGUGAACACACGCGAGCGGCAUGAAAAACGAGACUGAAAUACACAACGGAGUCAAACUGCCGUCGAGCAUUUGCGUCCCACUUUUUUUUAGUCUGCCCAUUCCGCUCCAGUUGUUCCCAUGGCGACGUGACGCUCCAGCUUAAACAUCCGACGUGACUCCGCUUUAGUUGCCGCGUACGUGGUGAAAAAUGAGCGGCUUUUAGGGUAGGUGGGGGAAAUCGGAACCGCAAGCCAGUGCGCUUUUCUUGACCUUUUAUCAGUAAUGUAAGAAUGAAAUCUUGAUCUACGCUAAUUGUGUUAUUUUAGCUUUUCAACAUGAAUCAAUGUUGUCGUCAAAUGUCGAGAGUUCAGGUGCCACAGUCUCCCUUUAUUUGAGCGCAAGUGGGCCGAGCCGCUAUUUUCGUGGCCUAAAAAGCUAUAAAUAAAAAAAAAAUGUCAUUUGGCGGCAAAAUUAGCAACUUUCAUUGAGAAAUCGCAGCGAAUGUGCAGAUCGGACGCGGCGGUUUUGGCUCGACGCCGGCUGUUAGCCGCUUACUCAAGCGCGGCGACGCCGCCACAUGUAGCCUUUCCAGUUAGCCUCUCCUGUUAGCAUGCGCGGACACCUUCUGACUUUCAGUGCUUGUUAGCCAAACAGUUGCAAAGUGAGCUUUUAUUCGGGUGUGGUUUCCUAACCCUUUUUGAUGGCGAUUCAGCCAAUGCACUUUUGUUAACAUUGAAUCUGUUGUUGAGACUUUUCUCUGAUGCUAAUUUCGUCAUGAAAUGUUUGUAAGGCAGGAUGAUGUCCCAAUGCUUUUUAAUUUUUUUCUUUUUUUUUUAAUUGGUUUUACACAUGGUCAAAUGAGACCUCUUAACAUUUUCAAUUUAAAAAAAAAAAAAAAAUCAGAUUUUGACUGCAAAAGCCAGUCUGCUUGGACUAAUCCUACUUUUGUCCUUAGUUGGGACGCAGCAAUAUCUGUGCCCCCCCAAACCCCGUGCCGUUGGACUUUACUUGCACGGGUAAAAACUUGCAGAUGGUACAACGUCCGAUAUCCGGACCGUCACAUACACUGGAAAAGGAACAUUUUAAUGGAGUCCUUUAUCAGUAUGCGUCCUCUCCCAGUGGGUCUCUUCAGAACGUGCAGUCUCCACCUGAGGAGAACGCGAGCACUAGCUGCUAUAGCGUAGCAGCUGUUACGUGUUUUCCUGUAAAACGUUUUACCGGAAAAGAGUAAGUGAGCGCGAUUCUGUUGAACUUUACGCAAAAUGUCUUUGAUGGCCGACAGAUACAGAAAGAUGACACAGGGAUGUUGGUUUCCACGCAUCCCAAAUAAUGCAUUGCUGGGAUUUUCCUUGUUAUAUCUGCGUGCGUGGCCACACUGCCCCCUGGAGGCCGAUGCAGACAACCCAUGCAACGUGGGACGCAGAACACCUCCCAACUUUUUGGGGGGGAAGACACUUUAAAAACAACAAGCUGAACAUUAAGAUAGGUCCAACCUAAAAAAUAAUAAAAAUCCAAAUGUUAUGUAUAUAAUGUAUAUUUGAUACGCUAGCUCCAGAAAAAGUGGCAAAUUUGAAUGCCGUCCAUUUUCCCCACUCGGGUCACGAGCGCGCCGGCGCCCAUCCCGGCUAUCUUCGGGCGAGGCACACCCAGAACUGGUCGCCAGCCAAUCGCGGGGCACGUUUCAUCAGCCAUUUGCGCUCACAUUCUCAUUCUCACCUAUGGGCAAUUUCAAGUCUUCACCGAAUGCAUGUUUUUGGGAUGCGGGAUGAAAGCCACACCGGGAGUUGAACCCCCGGUCUUCAGAACUGUGAGGCAAAUUACAAAGAUUUCAAAAGAAAAACACCAAAACCAAAACCUCCUGACACUGCUGCGCACACUUAUGGCCGGCAACGAGGCGCUCGAAUGCGGCCGAAGCGCCAGUCCACAUGCUGGACCCCGCCCCGGCUUUCUUUGACGUGCGCCUACUCACGGCUGACUACGAGGCACAGGCGGACUGUGCUCUUUUAGGGUGUACUCAAACAUGGACGUCUCGCUAAUUUCAACCAAGUUGCGCCCGAGGGCAAGCGAGUCACUAAGCCCGAGUUUUGGCCGCACUCCCCAACGCCCAAAUGCUACAAUUGCAUUUUCCACUUCCCAAAUGUUCAGCACUUGCAUCCUCAUACUUGGUCUAAAAAAUGUGCCAGUCAUUAGACCCGGAUCGACUUUAGACCUGGUCCCAAGUUAGACCAGUGCUAGUCACUUUAGACCAGAUCUAACUUUAAAGCAGGACCAAUUUUCGACCUUCGAACUGUAAAAGAGGCAAAAAAAAAAAAAAAAAAGACAUUUCAUUGAAUUGAUAGCAUUUAUUGUAUAUUUUAUUCAUUUUCUUCAAUAUGUAUUUAUAUGAUGAUUGUGUGUAUUAUCUCCACCGUAGUGUUUUCCACAUGAAAGUUAUCUGUUGUGAAAAUGUAAUAAGUGUUUGAACAAUGUAAUUUCGAUGCUAAUGAUAUUUCCCUCCUUGCUAGCGAACAUUUUUCAAAGCGUACAUGAGUUGAUUUUGUGAACGCUAAUGUAGCCUUUAGCUCAGUGACGUCAUGUUGACUGACGCACAGCAAAUGAAGUCCCCGUGUGACGUCACAUCCCGCAACUGUACAAAGGCGCCAUUUUCCCUACUUCCUGUCUUGAAAAAUGCAAACGAAUCAUGGUCGUGUCAAAAUCAAUUUUAUGAUGUAAACAAUCAUGUUCGUGCUUAAAUAACUGUUCAUGACUACAAACAACAAUAAAAGUGUGAUGAUACCGCUCC